AUGAGGAAAUCGAAGAAAAGAUUUGAGAUCGAAGCACUCAUGGCGAGAAUCGAAGCUCAAGAACGAAGAAAAAUGGCGGAAAAGUGGAGAAAACUGGCGUCCAUGAAUAUACCACGUCACGACUUUGCAUGUGCUGUAGUGGACGGCCUUUUGUACGUGGUCCGAGGCAAGGACUCAUGUCGUGAACACAUUCUCAGCGCGGAAGUAUACAACCCGGAAACUAACCAGUGGAGCCUCAUGGAUUGUCCAGACCGCCAUGUCUUGGGUGACUUCGCAUUCUCAUUCAAGUCCAAACUCUACGCUGUAAGUAAUGGAUCGAGGUUCAUUGACGUAUAUGACCCCAAAACGAAGACAUGGGAAGAGUUAGACUCGGGAAAAUCACUGUUGGUCUAUUCCUACACUGUUAUUAGGAACAAAGUGUAUUUCCUUGACUAUAACAUGUCGGGACUGGGAGUGUUUGAUCUAGAGGAGAAUUCCUGGAGCUCGGUGUUUGUGCCUCAUGAGUCCCGGAGUGAUUCCUGGUUCAGACUAAGGGAAUGGAACAAUAAGGUUAUUCUGAUUGCAGGAUUCCAGGGAUAUAACGCCUUAACUGGUGACCUUGAUAAAGAGGACGCGUCCAAAUGGACAGUCACACAAAUUAGACCAUCUGGUGAUGACGCGACCAUCCUUCUCAUCAACUUCUGA